CAACAGCAGCAGCAGCAGCAGCAGCAACAUCCAUCCUACACCAACAGCAAUAGUGCCACUAGCAACAUCACAGCUGCACCAGCACUAGCGUCAUACGACAACACCAAUGUCUAUGCUGCUAAACCCAACUGGGACGCUGCGCUCCUGGCUAGCCAACAUAGCUCUGAAGAUCCCAUGGCCUUGACAAUAGGACUGGACGGUGCCUUGGUUUCAAUGGUGCCUCGUUGGGAUUCAUAUGACCUGAACAGCCUGCCCUCAAAUCACAUCAUCGAUCCUCGCACCGCUGCAAAGCCUGUCGGCUCCAUGCCAAGAGCGGUACCCGAAUAUCCGCAGCAGCAGCAGCAGCAACAGCAACAGCAGCAGCAGCAGGGACACGGACAUCCCGCGGUCAUGCUCCGACAGCCGCAGCGGCCAUUUAUGGGCCAGGGACAGAAUCUUCAGGGUCCGCUGAGUUCGGAGAGCAGCGGCCUGCAGUCGUCCGCGCAACAGCACCAGCACCAGCAGCACCCAUCCCCUCCGCUGCACCGUCAGCAACAGACACCGCCGCAGAAUCUCUUCACAACCGACUAUCUCUUCGAUGCUCCCUCGCCCGUCCCAACCAUGCCCUCCUUGGAUCUCGGCAUCGCCACCGUUCCCUCGCAACACUUCAGCUCGCCCCCACCCCUUCACAUCCCCGAGUACAUCCAGCAGAGCUGCUCACCAGACAUGAUGCCUAUCAAGACCUCACCUGUUGAUAACCACCUCGCAUGGGCACCCUGGGGCGAUGCACACCCAGACGAGCAAGUUGCGUAUGCCACACCGGCUCACACCCACACCAGCUUUGAUGAUAGUCCGAGAGACGACUUUGAGUUUACUGGCACCAAACACCUCAAGGUCUUUACUUCGUCCAAGAAGGACGACGACGGCGAGUUCCGCAAGGGCCAGCAGUUCUAUCUCAAUGUGCACCUGAACGAAGAAGACCGCGACCGGUACCGCUACCUUCGCAUCCCCACCGAGAACAUUGUGCUGCCAUGUAGGGCCGACUCGACCGGUCGUAUCACCCUGAAUGCGUCUGGAAAGCGAAGUGCCGAUACAAUGUCAACACCCACAAGCGCACAGGAAGAGGAUGUGCUGUCCCUGAAACUAACCACAUAUUUGGAGCCCGAGCAUCGUCCAGUCGUGCCCUGCGGUCGCUGCAAGGACAAGACACCCGAGAUCCUGCGUUUCCAUCCCGGUGUGAACGGCAAGCCCAUGAUUGACGAGAACGGCAUGGUGACACUCCGUAACGGCCAGAUCAAGCUGAUUGCAUCCGCCUGGUGUGCCAGCACGUCUCACCAUCGCGGACCGGGUACGAAGUUCAGCUUUGAGAUCGAACUCACCAGCAUGGGACAGCUCAGCCACACCGGCCCGGCUCUUGUUUAUCAGGGUCGUAGUGAUGAGGUCGAGAUCUAUGCCAGCCAUGGCCGAGACAAGGGCUCGCGGACCAUGUCCAAGAGCGCAGACAAGUCUUCAAAAUCGCAAUCGCCGCCAUUACACGAAAGUGGCAGUGCCGGUGGUCCACCCUCCCCCGCAAAGACGUCCAGUCCCCCAGGUUCGCCCGCGUCCAAUGCAGCUCAUCACUACGAUACAGGCCCAGUCAAGAAGCGACGCGAGGAACCACCCAUGACGCCGCCCUUGGUCGAUACGGACUUGCCCCCGGUCAUCAAGAGUCUCGAGCCCAGGAGUGGACCUAUCUGUCAGGAGAACCAUGUCAUCAUCAUUGGCCAGAACUUCUCGCGCGGCAUGACCCCGAUGUUCGGUCGCGAGUACGGCAAAGUGAUCGACAUCAACCCGUUCUACAUCGAGUGCACGACCCCACGGUACCCCAAGACGGAGACCGUGCGCAUCUGGAUCCAUCAUCAUGAGAACUUUUUGCCCUCGGACAAGACCUACGAGUUUACGAACGAGCAGGCACAGAGUGAGCUGGAGCAGAUGUUGAGGAACAUGAUCCAGUCGAAUGGCGAACCCGGCGAUGCCGCCUCGUAUUUCAGUAUGCUCGGACGUAUCUCGGGCUUGCCCUCCUCUACCGAUAUCUCUGGACAGAGCCAGUCGAAUGGAUCGACGAUGCUUCACAACUCUGUGCUACUGGGCUACCAGGCCGGAGUCGAUAUUUUGAUCGAAGAAGGUAUCGAGCUGGACAUUGAGGAUGACUCUGGACUGACAGCAUUGGACUAUGCGAUCCAUACCGAUAACGUUGAGAUCACCAGCACCCUUCUCUAUGCGGGCUCGAUCGUGUCCUAUGAGCGUCUCGACAAGCUGCCCUUGCGACCCUCGACUGCCAUGGCGACGCUGCUUAAGGACGUUUGCGGCGUCGACCUUCCAAUGACUGCAACGAUUGUUGAAGUACCGGAUGUGGUCGACCAGACGGAGGAAGAGACAUUGACGUCUUCCAUGGAUGUCAACCGUAUUACAGACGGCAUCUGCACUGUCCCCACCACAGGCACCUCGGGCAUCGAGACCAUCUCGGAGGAGGUCGAGCCAGAGGACUCGACCGAGCCCGAGUCCCAUGUGGAUCCUCUCACGACCAUGUCGGCUAGCGAAGAGCCAUUGACGGUUCCCUCGAUGGACUCAUCCCCACCAGCGGUUUCCUCAUCAAGGGCUAUCCAGACGCGCCCGAUGCCCGACAGAAGCUCACGGCCCAUGUCUAUCAACACUGUCUCGACACAGUCCACGGGCAUGGUCUCGCUGGCGCAUACAAUGUCGACGAUGGCACCAUCGGCCACGUCAUCGAUGAUGUCGCGAUCUACGCAGAUGGGUGUCCGUCCAGGGAACCAUGGUACGAAGGGUGGUCAAGAGAACAUUUGGCAAUGUGCCAAGAAGGGAAACCUUGCGCUUGUGAAGUAUCACCUGGAUAAGGAACCGACCUUGAUCAACACGCCCUGGAAAUUCGAUGGACGCUCUGUCUUGAGCAGUGCUUGCGCCUCCAGUCAACCACAGGAACUGGUCGAGUUUUUGGUCCAGCGUGGGGCGCAGGUCAAUUCUGCGGAUUCGUUCUACAAGCGAACGGCGCUGCAUGUGCUUUGUGAGGAAGGUGGACUCUGCCAGGAUGAUUGGCGGAUUGCGGUCUCUCAGGCGGAUCUGGAGGCGAAUGAGCAGGACGUGCUCGCGGCGAUGCGAUUCCUGCUCGACCGCGGAGCACCUGUCGAUGCCAAGAACCAUUGGAAGGAGACGGCGUUGAUGCGGUUGUUUGCAGGACGUGACUGUCCGUUGAUGGUGCAGGAGCUGUACAGUCGAGGUGCGGAUUCGAGACUGAAGAGUUCCAAGGAUGUGUACCCACAUGGGACAGCACUCAGCUACGCGGCCUUCUUUGGAAGGAUCCGUUCGCUUCGGUGGAUGAUUGAGAACGAUCUGAUGUUGAACGAUGAGUCGAAUAUCAAGGAUGCGAUUCGAUGGGCCAAAUCCUCCAAGGGCGAGUCGUCUCUGGGAGGAUCCCAGGCAUCAGUAGUCCAGAGUGUGAGCGCGGUCAGGAGAAAGGAGGAGCGCAAAGCGGAGGCGAUCCGACUGCUGGAGAGCUGGUUGGGUGAGAGUGGUCAGGCGAAGCGGAAGGCGUUGGCAAAGAAGAUUGUGGAGGAGCAGGCGGAGGGUUGGUGGAGACGUAUGAGUGGAAUUGUUGUUGAGGAUGCGAUCAAGACUGGAGCUGGAGCUGGAGCUGGUGGCGACCAUGAGUCCUCGUCCUCGUCCUCGUCCCAGGGCAACAACAGCAACCACAGCAACUUGAAGAUGCCUGCAGAGAUGAAACCACUUUGGAAGAGCGUGCAGACACUGUCGGAGGGUCUUGCCUCGAGCCCGGAUCAGACUUCGAGUUCGAGCGGUCGAGCCAAGUGGAAUCCGUUGACGAUGCUCCGAAAGGGAACAUAGGGCGGGGAAAGAAAAAAAAAUAUUAUAAUUAUUAUUACAUGAAGAUACCCGACAUGGAGCAUCAGACGCGCUUUUUUUUUUUUUCCUCUCAGACACGAUCUCAGUCUUUUUUUUUUCUUUCUUUCUUUUCUUCUCCCCACUCUUGCCAUCUCUAGUUAUCUAUUGUUCAUAUAUGUAGUUUUUUUUUUCUUUAUUUAUUUUUUUCAGGAUGACCCUGCGUCUCUAUCCUGGCCGGCAUAAAAAAAAAUGUACUUUUAAAAAAAAAA